GCGGGCUUAUUUAGGGAAAGGAAGAGAAAGAAGAAAGGACUGAAAGAAAACGUUUUUCCUUCGCACAGCCUACGUUCAUGAUGAAGCUUUACGGAGUUCUUGUCCUGUUUGUAACUUUUUCUGUUGCAUCCGGAUUGAGAUGCUACAUAUGUGUAACAUCUGAUCCCAGUGGCUGUACAAAUUAUUUGACUUGUCCUGAUGGUUUCGACCGAUGUGGUUCUUUUGAGUCAGAAGGACUGAUUGACAGGGGCUGCUGGAAAAAGGCAGAUUGCAUUUCUCCCAUUCAGUGCUGUGACAAGGACUUGUGCAACGGUGCCUUACUGACUCGCAACACUGCCGUACUGAUUGGGAAAGGUGCCGUACUGAUUGGCAACGGUACCUUUCUGACUGGCAAAGGUGCCGUACUGAUUGGCAACGGUACCAUUCUGACUGGAAAAGGUGCCGUACUGACUGGCAACGGUCCUGUACCAACUGGACCUGGUGUCACCCUGCUGCUCCUGUCUUCAGCCCUUAUGAUGCUCUUUAUUUAAGGCUCUGAAAUCAUGAUCCUGUUCUGGUUUAUUGUUUUGUCUAUUAACAGUUAACCUAAGUUGACAGCAAACAUGAAGUCAGGACAAAUAUGCAUUAUUUAUAUUCAUCAUAUAAAACACAUAUGUCUCUUUUAAACAUGAAACAAAAUUUGUAAGCUAUGAAGGAAUAAACA